AUGCCUCCGCCGCAGGACAACGCCCGCGUGGUCCUUCUGAUCAUCCUCCUACUCUGGGUCUCGACCAACGACAACGGCGCCGGCUUCGUCCAGGCGCCCUCCCAGACCAAGGCCCGGCUCGCGCGGCAACGCUACGCCCACGGCGUCCUCAACAGCACCAGCUGGGGCGACUUCGCGCCGCGCCUGGCCGACGUAGAGCUCCCGCCCGACGAGCCGCCGCGCUACCUGAACCUGACGGGGUUCCGGGAAGAGGACAAAUACGCCUGGGACGAUCUCGGGCGCUUCAGGAACCGCUGUGAGGAAUGGAGCCGGAAUGCCGUGGGCGACCCGACUGUCUCUGCGCCCGUCUGGCAGAAUGUGUCGGGCGUGGUUCGCGGGCCGUGGGCCAGGAGGGAGACAACCGUCUCGAGAUACCAUUCAAGCUACAAUUUGAGCAAUAUCACUCCAGAGGUCGAGUGGAUCGGCUGGGCCGCCGAUUGGAGCAGGAAUAUCACUGGCAGGGAGGGCAAGAUGAUGGUCCGGAUCCAUGAUAAUCAAGACGCGGGCACAGAGCCGAGCGAGGAAGCACUCCACGAGAAGGGCCUUCUCCUACCGUCCGAGAUCAGGGCUAGGGCCGUCUCUGCUACUGUGACGGUCGACGAUGAGGAAGGGUCCGGAAGCAGCAAUGAGAUGAGGCUCCACGGCGUCCACUGGCCACGACAAGGAGCAUUACUCCUGACAACAACGAGCGAGAAGUAUGCCGGCAUAUUCGGUCUACCGCAUCUCACCUCUCGCCCCGAGUUCUUCGAAUCCAGUCAGGCACUGUUAAACAGGACGCUCGACGAGGUGCUACAGGCCAAAGAGAAGCGCUAUUUCACAGACCAUGGAAACCCAUGGGGCUCGAGCCUUGACGGUGCCAGUGAAGCACUUGGGCCUUCGCCGCAUUGCGAGUAUGUGUUUUAUGUACAAAUUCACCCUCCAAGUAACGAGCUCCUCAGGGUGCAACCCACGCUCACCGGGCCUGAAAACGUGGCCAAAGCCAUCGAGGAACUGGAGCAUGAACUCAGGUUCCCACAAGGUGCUCCACAGGAGGGCUUACCAAGGCUCCAGAUGUCUGCAGUCGUCUACUCCCCUGACUGUGCUUUCAUGCUCGAGACCAAAGGCGCGCCAGACUACCCACCCACGGAGGGGCGGCAUCUGGAGGGCUGGAAGCAGGAGCAAUGGCUACACAGCGUCAAUACUUGGAUGCUCGGCUUUGCCGUCGUCAUAUUCUCCCAGGUCCAGCUACUCAAAAGGCAGAUGAGAGAAGUCUCCACGCCAUCAACGCUAGGGAGGAUCAGUUUCUACACUGCUUGCAUGAUCCUGUUAGCCGACGGAAUCAUCUUUGCUGGCUCUGCGGCUUGGAGUCUUUCGGCCUCAACUACGCUUCUCCCAUCUCUAGUCAUCACUGGUGCCGCUUGCUUGGCUACGACAACGGGCAUCUUCUUUCUGGGAGAGAUCUUCAGAGUCCAAGAGCCCGAGUGGCGAAGAAGGGAUCGGGACAGGCAGGCCACGUCUACCAGCAAUACGCCACGACCGCCAGCUACUCCUACUCCUACCGGUAUACCUGGAAUAAUCCCCGGGACCGUCCCCAAUACUAUACUCUCUACGGCUGCCCGGCGUGCAAACCCGCCGCCGCCGACACCGCCCAUCAUCAUCCCAUCGGAUCAGGACAUUGAUGCUGAGAUCCAGGAGGUGACGAACAACACAGGACCCAUCUUGCCUACAACCGCUCCUAAUGCCACCAAUAAUCAAGCCGUCAGCCAAGCCACCACUCUGAGUAGCAUAUUUGGUCGCAUCAUCAUGGUUGGCAUAACCACACUAUUUCUUACCCUCGCCGCCAUCACCUGGCGUCCCACUCUCCGCUCCAUAUACUUCAACAUUCUCGCCUUUACCUACUUAUCCCUCUGGACCCCGCAGAUCUAUCGCAAUAUCUACCGCAACUGCCGGCGAGCCCUCUCUUGGCAGUUCGUCAUCGGCCAAAGUGUAUUGCGCCUCCUCCCCAUUGCCUACUUCUACCUCCUGAGGGACAACUUUGCCUUUGCCAUACCGGACCGCAAAGCGUUCGCUGUGCUGGCCGGCUGGAUCUGGGUGCAGAUCUGGAUCCUCGUGGCGCAGAACGUCCUCGGGCCCCGCUUCGGCAUCCCCAGGGGCUGGAUGCCCGAGGCCUGGGAGUACCACCCAAUCCUGCGCGAGGACGGCGUCGAGAGCGGCGGCCUGCCCAUCGGGCUCGUGUCGGACUCGUCGGGCACCGCACCCAGCUCCCCGACCCUCGAGCGCACGCGCAGCGGCGGCGGCGACGCCGGGCCGCGCAAGCCCACGCGCAUCCACGCCAUCGACUGCGCCAUCUGCCGCGAGACCCUCGAGGUCCCCGUCAUCCGGGCUGGCGAGUCCGACCCUUCGGGCGGCGGCGUCGCCGGUGUCUUCGCCCGCCGCGCCUACAUGGUCACCCCCUGCCGCCACAUCUUCCACAGCGCCUGCCUCGAGGGCUGGAUGCGCUUCCGCCUGCAGUGCCCGAUCUGUCGCGAGGAGCUGCCGCCGCUGUAG